UCAGCUCAUCUGAAACUGUGUUGAAAACUCGACUGAAGCUGACCUGAAACUGACUCAAGUCACUCCUGAGUCCCUACAUGUUGCUCUCACAAGUUACGCCCACUCUCUUCCUCAGUGGGGCUGAUGCCCCCCUAAACGCUGCUCUGAUGUCACAGAAAGGCAUCACCUUGAUUGUCAAUGCCACGCUGAGUCAUGCCUUCCCCUCCUACCCAGGGGUGGAGUGUCUCCGCGUCCCCGUCUGUGAUCUGCCCUGUGAGCGGCUGGAAGCUCAUUUCGACCAUGUGGCCGAUCGUAUCAAUGGAAACCACACAGGAGGCACGCUGGUGCACUGCGCCGCCGGGAUGAGCCGCUCUCCGGCUUUGGUGAUGGCGUACCUGAUGCGGUACCGUGGCGUGACGCUGUGCCAGGCCCACCGGUGGGUCCAGGAGAGCCGUCCCUUCAUACGGCUGAACGUAGGUUUCUGGGAGCAGCUGCUGCGGUACGAGAGGAAGCUGUACGGCCGCAACACGGUCAGGGUGGAGCCCGACAGGGCGGGUCUAAAGAGGGUGGAUCCAGGUAUGGUGGUUCCUCUGCGGACGGAGCCGACCCGGGCUGAGGGGACGCAGAAAGACAACCGGUUAAAAUCUGUACCUAGGUCACCUGGGACAACCCAUACUCCCAUGAUGUCUCGCUCUCGGAAGACGAUGUCCACCAAUCCAUCAAAAAGA